AUGGGUCAUCAUGCAUCCAAGCACAAACAUAAAACAGGUAUCCAAUCUACUACUGCAAAAGUGGGCACCAACUCUUCAAAAUCUCCUACUGGUUCUGCUCCUUCAAGUACCUUGAAACUGAAAUCGGGAUCUAAGCCCACAAUUAGAAUAACAUCUAAAAAAUCUCAAUUUACAAAAGAGUCAAGACCAUUAGGUAGUAAAGAUGAGAAUGAUCAUAAUAAUGUUUCAUUAAAUGCUAAAGAAGCACUGGCGAAAGCUGCUGAAGAACGAUUUCAAAAAUUACAAGGACAAAAAUCAGGACAACGUGAUAGACUAAGGGAUAAAGCUAAACAAAGUAAGAAUGAUAAAGGAUUAUAG